GUUGGGAUGGGAGGGUUAGGUAAAACUACCAUUGCUCAAGAAGUGUUCAAUGACAAAGAGAUUGAACAUCGUUUCGAAAGAAGGAUAUGGGUGUCUGUGUCCCAGACUUUUACUGAAGAACAGAUCAUGAGAAGCAUAUUGCGGAACUUGGGGGACGCGAGUGUUGGUGAUGAUCUUGGAACAUUGCUGAGAAAGAUCCAGCAGUAUCUCUUGGGGAAAAGGUACUUGAUCGUCAUGGACGAUGUAUGGGACAAGAACUUGAGUUGGUGGGACAAGAUCUACCAAGGACUGCCUAGAGGACAAGGUGGUAGCGUCAUUGUGACAACAAGGUCAGAAUCUGUUGCGUUAAAGGUUCAGGCCAGAGACAAGACUCACCGUCCACAGCUCCUCAGUUCUGAUAACAGUUGGCUGCUGUUUUGUAAGGUGGCAUUUGCAGCAAAUAACGGUACUUGUGAGCGUCCCGAGCUAGAGGAUGUUGGCAAGGAGAUUGUGACAAAAUGCAAAGGCUUGCCUUUGACAAUCAAAGCGGUUGGUGGGUUGCUUCUGUGCAAAGACCAUGUCUAUCAUGAAUGGAGACGAAUAGCAGAACAUUUUCAAGAUGAGCUAAGAGGAAACAGUUCUGAAACUGACAAUGUGAUGUCUUCUCUGCAAUUGAGUUACGACGAACUCCCUUCCCACCUUAAAGCAUGCUUUCUCACGCUCUCUCUCUAUCCGGAAGACUGUGUUAUACCGAAACAGCAGCUUGUACACGGAUGGAUUGGAGAAGGUUUUGUCAUGUGGAGAAAUGGAAGAUCUGCAACUGAAUCUGGAGAAGACUGCUUUUCCGGGCUCACAAACAGGUGUUUGGUAGAAGUUGUUGACAAAACCUAUAGCGGAACCAUCAUCACUUGCAAGAUUCAUGACAUGGUUCGUGAUUUGGUGAUCGAGAUAGCGAAGAAUGAUUCCUUCUCUAACCAGGAAGGCCUCAACUGUCGUCACCUUGGGAUUAGUGGAAACUUUAAUGAGAAGCAGAUCAAAGUUAAUCAUAAGAUGAGAGGCGUAGUGUCAACAACUAAAACAGGUGAGGUGAACAAGCUCAACUCAGACCUAGCCAAAAAAUUCACAGAUUGCAAAUAUCUUCGGGUUCUUGAUAUCUCAAAAUCGAUAUUUGAUGCUCCUCUGUCUGAGAUUUUGGAUGAGAUUGCGAGCCUUCAACACUUGGCAUGUCUUAGUUUGAGCAACACACAUCCGUUGAUCCAGUUUCCUCGUUCCAUGGAAGAUCUCCGCAAUCUACAGAUUCUAGACGCAAGCUACUGUCAGAAUCUGAAACAACUUCAACCUUGCAUUGUUAUUUUCAAGAAACUCCUUGUACUUGACAUGACGAAUUGUGGAUCACUUGAGUGCUUCCCCAAGGGCAUUGGAAGUCUCGUGAACCUCGAGGUACUGUUGGGAUUUAAGCCAGCCAGGUCCAACAAUGGGUGCAAGCUCAGUGAAGUGAGAAAUCUCACAAACCUCAGAAAACUUGGUCUUUCUCUGACUCAUGGCGAUCAGAUCGAAGAUGAGGAGCUUGAUUCUUUGAUAAACCUUAGCAAGCUUAUGUUCAUUUCGAUCAACUGCUACGAUAGCUACGGCGAUGAUCUCAUAACCAAAAUAGAUGCGCUCACUCCUCCACACCAGCUCCAUGAGCUUUCUCUACAGUUCUAUCCUGGAAAGUCGAGUCCAUCGUGGUUGAGUCCUCACAAGCUUCCGAUGUUGAGGUACAUGUCAAUAUGCUCAGGCAAUUUGGUGAAAAUGCAUGAACGGUUUUGGGGAAUUGAGAAUAAUACUCACUGGAGAAUCGAAGGUUUGAUGUUAAGUUCAUUGUCGGACCUAGACAUGGACUGGGAAGUGCUGCAACGGUCAAUGCCCUACCUCAGGAGCGUUAACGCAAACUGGUGUCCAGAGCUAGAGUCUUUCCCGAUCGAAGAUGUCGGCUUUAGAGGCGGAGUGUGGACGAAAACACCAACGCACAGAACCUGAUGGCACAUUUCAAGCAACUAGAUCAAUGUUUUAUUAAUCAGCGAAAAUAAGUUGGUGUAUUACAUACCUUAAUACAAUGUAAUGUAGCAUUUGACCGUUUGGAUUUCAUAUCAAA